CAUUUAGAAGAUUAUUAGAUUGUGAUCCAAAGUUGGGAGUUGAAAUGGCAAGUACAGGUGAAGUAGCAUGUUUUGGACAAACAGUUAGAGAUGCCUUCUUAAAAGGAAUGAUGAGUGCCUUCCCUAAUUUACCAAAUAUAGAUACAGAUAGAAAAUCAGUUUUAAUUGCUUCAUUCCCACAUUCAACACGUACAAAUAUGGAUUUAAUUAAUCAUAUUUUACAAUCCAUUUAUAUUUUAUAUCAACAUUUGAGAUUUACAAUUUAUGUUACUCCAUAUGUUGGUGAGAAAUUAUCUCAACAAUUACCAAAUGUUAAAUAUCAUACUUUACAAUUACAACAAUAUGUUCCACUCAUUGAUCAACAAGAAUUAUCUGCUACGUCAUCUGCUACAUCUUUAAUGAGAUUUAAUGGUAUUUGUUUAGCAUCUCAAUUGAAACUUGAAGAAGAAUCUGAAAUUUUACGUAAAAUUGGAAGUGAAAUUGAUUUAAUUAUUGAUGUUCCAUUCCCAGAUCAUAAUCAAAAACUUUUACAACAACAUUAUUUAAUUAGAAGAAAGGCAAUUAAUUAUGACAAACAUUUAUUCAAUAAUUAUGAAGUUUUUAAUUUAUAUGUUAAAUGUAUGAAGGAUUUAAAGGAUAGAAAAUUAACUUUGGAUUCUCUUUCUGUUAAUCCAUACACUCAUUAUAUUAAUAUUCAAAAACAACAUUUAAAUUUGUAAAUUUAUGUUUUCCUUAAUACAACUUAACAAAUUAAUUUAAUUUAUCUAGAUAGACAUUAGAGUAAUAAUAAUAUCAAGUGAGAGAGAAAUUGUUAAAGUAAUAAAGUCAUUAAUAACAUC